AUGCAGUCGCGGUGGUGGGAAGCCGGUCAUCACAGACGUCGUCGACGAGGCGGCACCAAUAAGGGGCCAGAGACUGAGACUGAGAGUAAGGGUGGCGAAGAGAAGGAGGCCGUCGCGGGGCGCGGGGCGCCUGGGUGGCUCUGGCUCAGGCUUGACGGGGUUGCAGCUGACAUCCUCGCCAUCGCCGCGCCCGCCGUGCUCGCGCUUGCCGCAGACCCCAUCACGGCGCUCGUCGACACCGCCUUCGUCGGACAUAUCGGUUCGGCUCAGCUUGCGGCUGUUGGUGCGUCGACUUCCAUAUUCAAUUUGGUAUCCAAGCUGUUUAAUGUGCCGCUACUUAGUGUCACCACAUCAUUUGUUGCUGAGCAGCAGGCAAAGGAUGGCAAUUCUAACACCGCAGGGGAAAGAGAUGAAUUGUUGACGCCAAUAGAGAAGGCAAGGCGACAAAAGAAGGUUCUUCCAGCGGUGUCAACAUCCUUGGCUCUAGCUGCUGGCAUUGGACUGUUGGAAAUGGUAGCUCUGAUUGUUGGAUCUGGGACCCUGAUAAACAUCAUUGGUAUACCUGUCGAUUCACCUAUGCGAGCACCAGCAGAACAGUUUCUUACACUGAGGGCACUUGGUGCUCCACCAAUCAUAGUGGCACUUGCAGCUCAGGGUGCAUUUCGUGGAUUCCUGGAUACGAGGACACCGUUGUAUGCUGUGGGUGCUGGCAACCUAUUAAAUGCAGUACUUGAUGCAUUACUUAUUUUUCCACUUGGUCUAGGAGUAAGCGGUGCCGCACUGGCCACUGUGACCUCUGAGUACUUGACAGCAUUCAUCCUCCUUUGGAAGCUGAAUAAAGAAGUAGAUCUGUUCUCAUGGAAUAUAAUUGAGGAUGGAGUCAUCCGCUACCUGAAAUCUGGUGGUCUACUAAUUGGCAGGACAAUUGCAGUAUUCUUGACACUGACACUAUCUACAUCCCUGGCUGCAAGGGAAGGGCCCGUUCCAAUGGCGGGCUAUGAGAUAUACUUGCAAGUGUGGUUAACAAUUUCUCUGCUCAAUGAUGCUCUAGCCCUUGCUGGCCAGGCUCUACUUGCUAGCGAAUAUGCAAAAGGGAACUACAAGCAAGCCCGCACGGUUUUAUACAGAGUCCUGCAGGUUGGAGGUGUGACUGGCUUUGCCCUUGCUGCUUCCUUGUUUGUGGGGUUUCGAUCUUUGUCCUUGCUGUUUACAGAUGAUCCAGCAGUUUUAGACAUUGCGCGCUCUGAAGUCUGGUUUGUCACUAUUUCUCAGCCGGUGAAUGCUAUUGCAUUUGUGGCUGAUGGGCUCUACUAUGGUGUUUGUGACUUUGCCUAUGCUGCAUAUUCCACGUUUUUUGCUGGGGCAGUCUCAUCAAUAUUUCUACUAGUAGCUGCUCCUAAGUUUGGUCUGGGUGGCAUAUGGGCUGGUCUUACUCUGUUCAUGAGUUUGCGUGCAGUUGCUGGAUUCUGGAGGUUAGGGAGCAAAGGUGGACCUUGGGAGAUUAUCUGGUCAGAUAGUGAGUAA